AUGGGUACCAAAGAUAAAUCAUCACAGAUAAUAACUGGAGCUAGUUCAGGUAAUAGUGGAAUAUUACAUACGGGAUUCGAUACAGUGCCACAAACGUUGGAAUCAAAAUUAGUACGACGUGGUUAUGAAUUAUACCAAUUAUUUGCUGAAGAUAUUAAAUUGCCAAUUAAAAAGAUUGGUGCAUAUAUUAUUGCAUGGAAACAGAAUGAACUGGAAAUAUUCAAGGAAAUUAUUGAUAAUGCACAUAAAAAUAAUGUGAUAGAUAUAGAAGAAAUAUCAUCAGAUGCAUUAUAUGAACGUGAGCCACUCAUACAUGCAGGUGCGUUGGGUGCUCUCUAUAUUCCAGGUGAAUCUAUAGUUGAUCCUCUUACAAUACCAUUAAUCUUAUAUAUGCAUAGUAAAAUAUUGGGUGGACAUGCACAGAUGAAUAUCGAAGUUACGAAUGGUACAUACGAUAGAAAACAUAAUCAUUGGAUAUUAAAUGAUGGACAGUUUAAAAGUAGAGUGGUGAUUAAUUGUGCUGGAUUAUUUGGUGACUUUGUUGAACAAAUUCGUAUCAAUCAGCAGUUCCCUCCGACAUCUACUUUUACUAUUCGUCCACGUAUAGGACAAUUUUCUGUUUAUUCAUCUAAAACAUUAUCACCGCCCAUAAAAUCCAUUCUAUUACCACUUCCAACAAAAUUUUCUAAAGGUAUAAUUAUCUACCCAAAUUUAUUUAAUCAGAUUAUUAUUGGACCAACAGCAGAGGAACAGCUCGAUCGGUGUAAAGCACCGAUUAAAUUAGAUAUCACUAAAAUGUUACAUGAUAAAGCGACUGAAUUAAUACCAACAUUUUCACAAUCAGAAUAUAAAUAUAUUGGAUCUUAUACAGGAAUACGACCGGCAACAGAAUAUUCAGAUUAUCAAAUACAUUCGUAUAACGAUUUACAAUGGAUAUGUUGCGGUGGAAUACGUUCAACUGGCUUAACAUCAUCAUUGGCGAUUGGAGAAUAUGUUAAUAAUAAAUUAAAUGAAAUGAUGUCCAUAAAACAUCAACUCCAUUGUACAGGUUAUUCAUUAGAACACUACUCCCUUUCAUUAAAGCAAUUAAAAUCAAUGUUUAAAUUGACACCGAUAGGAUUACAACCGAAUGUAGUAGCAGGGAAACAAAAGUUAGUGGCAACAUCUGUAGGUAAUAUACAUGUAGAUGACAAUAUCACAACAUCAAAUGUAAGAAUCGAUUGCGAUGGUCAGUUUUAUGACAUAUCACAUUCGUUAUUAAAACUAGCAUGGUCAACAAGACAAUCAUCUUUAAUCAGCGCUAAAUUGUAA